AUAAAAAAAAAUUUCUUUUCCCAAUGUGGGAGACAGCAAAAAUUCGCUAUUCAAGAAAGAGCAAAAAUAGUUUUUUGUCUAAAUUUCACAUAAUUAAACCACCAAUGCAAGGUUAUACUACUGAGUUACGAAGUUAAUUUAAUAUAAUUAUAUCCCAAAUUGGGUAAUUUUGGUUCGGCUUUGCAAGAAAAACCAAGAGAAAAAUCACCAAAUCCCAUAAAAAGCCCACAUUUUUCUUUGAGUUUUCGAAAAUUUAACAACUAUCCAUUUGUUUUUGGCCAAUUGGGUACUCAUUUCUCGCCCGAUCCAGAUUACUUUCUUCAACAACUGUUUCUGGGGUCUACGGUUUUGGAGUUUUAAAGAAGAGUGCUUUCAAUUUGAGUAAUUUGUUUUUUUGGCAAUGAGUUAACUUUCGUGGAAUUUAUAAUGGAAAUGGUGGCUGAAGAUGAUGAGAAUUGGCCCUUUUUAUAGAGGAGGGAGGUUGUUGAGAAAACACUAGGAAAUGAGUCGCUCUCCUUCGUUUUCUGUGAAGCCAGAGCUUAGUGUGAAACCUGACCCGGAUUCUUUGCAACGAUGGGUUGUUGCCUUUUGCAUCAUUAGAUUUGAUCUUGAACGAGGUCAGCUAAUAGAAGAGUGUUAUCCACCUGGUUGUCUCACUCAAGAAGAGGAACUUGAGGUUGCUUUUAGUUCCUUUCCAGAUUCUGUUUCUCAGCACCAGAACUGCUCCAGCAUUCAUGAUUGCAUCUUCUUUUUCCGGUUUCGGAGGCACAAAAAUACUAAGCAGGGUAAUGUGACUUCGUCAGAAAUAACAGAAAUUGAUGAUAAAGAUACAAUAUCAACACCUAAAGAGGAGAAAGUGAUUAGGAGGUCGAGAAGUAGUGGUAAAGGUUCAAGACACUUGUAUGGUUAUGUGUUUAAUAGGCAAAGGCAUGACGAGAGGCUAAAACGGGGUGGGGAACAAAAAUCUGUAGUAAUAUUGUCUCAUGGACCUUACUCUAGCGUGUUUAGACCCUUGUUACAAAUCAUGGGUCCUCUUUACUUUGAUAUAGGGAAAAAAGCUAUCGAGCAUAUUGCUGGUUAUGUUUCCUUGUGGCCUACUCCUGUACCUGGUAAGCUAAUGGAGCUUCCAAUUGGGAAUGCGAUGCUCAAAGUUAACUUGCCACCUGCCCACAGCUUGCCUUUGGAAAGUGGAAUAGCAUAUGAAGAGUCUGCUUCGUCUAUGGCUCCUUUUCUUCCUAAUAAUCAAUCAGUCCCACAAGGUCUGUUUCAUGAUUCAGAUCUUUUUGGAACAUUCAGAGGGCUUUUGUUACAACUUUGGUUAUUGUGGGAGUUGUUACUUAUUGGUGAGCCGAUUCUUGUCAUAGCACCAACACCUCCACAGUGCUGUGAGGCUGUGGCCAGUCUCGUCAGCUUAGUUGCACCUUUACUUUGCAGUGUUGACUUUAGGCCGUAUUUUACCAUCCAUGAUCCUGAAUUUGCUCAGCUGAACUCUCUUCAAGAAGGGGACAAAUAUCCGCCUAUGGUUUUGGGUGUCACAAAUCUUUUUUUCCUCAAAGCUCUUCGUAAUAUCCCGCACAUUGUAUCGGUUGGAAGCCCUGCACCUAAUUCAAGUCGGGUUGCCCUUGCAAGUAGGUCCACUGGCAGAAUUCCUGGUAAACCAGAAGGAUUUGGUCUUCAACAGCUUUCCUUGAAGAAGUUCUCUCCUUCUAAUUUGUUGAAUGCUGUGAAGCUGAGGAGAGAUGGUCCUCUUUCUCUCAUGACAGAACAUAAGGAGGCUAUUUGGAGCACUUAUGCUGCAACUACGAAGCCAGACACUUCUAUCUUGAAUAGGCUUAUUGAUGCUGGGAUGUCACCAAGGGUUGAGGAAUCUAUGUCUGUUGUUAAUAAUGAGAUCUUACGUCGACAUUUCUUGGAGUUGACUACCAACUUCUUGGCUCCUUUUGGACCAUAUUUUAGGGCUACCACUCCUCCUGAAGGGUCUUCACCUUUUGUUGAUCCCCCUCCUCUACCUCCAUUUAAUGCUGAUGAAUUCCUUAUAAGCUUGUCAGCAAGGGGUGUGGGCAAGUUUCUCUCAAAGCGGAUGAGAUCUAACUGGUUGGAUCUGUAUCGGCGUUUUCUUAAAGGACCUAACUUUCUGCCAUGGUUUCAAAGACGACAUGCUGUUGCUGAAAAUGAACAACAUCGAUUAUGGAGGCAGGCGAAAAUGAAGACUGACAUACAUCACCUGAUAUCUAAAAUGCCUGAAUUGGAAGUUGUUGACUGCUUCAAUGCUAUUGAGAGACAUCUUCUUGGAGAAAUACAGUUGCAGCAUUCUGGAAGGGUGGUCGCAGAAUCUGCAGCAAUGUGCCAGAAACUGAAGGGUGAUCUACAGGCAGUGUUCAAUGUGCUUCCGAAGGAUAUGCAGCAGCUUCUGCUUUUGAACCCACAGAGGGCAGCUCUUCUACAGGGAAAUUCAAGUCCAGAAUUGACAAAACUUCCUGGCCGCCCUUCAAUACAAGUUGGGGUCAUAUCGUCCAAUUCACCAAGAUAACACAAAGCAUGGUGGAAUCGGGUUGGCUCUGUCAAUUAGUAUUGAUGGUCUUAACUAGCUUCUAGAGAAAGGCAUGGCCUUUGAUUUUCUUGUAGCUUCCUCUGCUUGGUGGGAUGGAGAAUCCCCCAACUUUUGGCAUAAUUGUUCAUAUAGAUGUGUGAGAAUCAGAACCUGUCUUGAAUCCACCCAGUGCUUCAGGAAUCUGAGAUAGUUUAUUUGCACAAUCUAGAAACAAAUUAGAAAAAAAAAAUUUAUGGAUAUUGGUAUCUUCUCUUUCUAAUGGGAAGUUGAAGAUUCAUGUUGCUUUCAUUCUUAAGGAACCAUGUGUAAACUACUGUAUCUGUCGGCAGGUCACUAAGACUUGAACUCCCAUCUCAGCAUUUCUUUUUUCUAUCAUUAUGGUUGCACUUUCUUGUUUUUGGUCAA